UGCUCCAACCGUAAAUCAUACAGAGUCUAGCUCUGGUGAAGCAGUGUCGUUGACGGGAACUCUGUGUACGAAAAAGAACAUGCGGCUGUUGCUGUACAUUUGUCUUUGUUCGGCUGUAGUUAGCUUAGUCAGGUCACAGGUAAUAUGGGGCCAAGCCGUCCCCGAGGCGACAGCACAGCUAAAUGUGCUGGCUUCCUUAUUCAGAUCCAGGGGACUUCUUCAGCAGAAAAUUAGCGACAUCGUCCUCGAUUUUAGCACCGUGAACUGGACAGAUAUAACCAUUCCGGCCCAACCUACCGGCAACAUCAGCCAACAGUGUCAGAAGGAUGUCGCACAGUACGAAGCAGACCUGUUCCAAGGAAAGACGUACGCCAUGCAAAUCUUAGAUGCAGCUGGAAAACCCCCAAGUGGAAUCUUGAACGGAAACCUGUUUUGGGUCGGUAGCUACUCGCAGUGCGUGAACAUCACUAGGAAAGGCUACAACAUCACCUUCGAUGGGAAGUUUUACCUGGCUACGCUGGUACCUGUAGCCCGGGCACAACAAUCCGAACAACUAACACAAGACGGAGGCGCUGGGAUACCCGGUAUGGGUCUUAAACUAACGCUCGGUGUCUGUGUGCCCAACUCCUGCAGUCAACAUGACGUCAUUCAAAGACUAGAUGGGAGUAUCUACUGGCGUUUCCUUGUUCAACAAGGAAUAUUGCAAGUGACGUCAGCCUAUUCACAGGAAUCCCCACCAAUCCAGAAUGUCACUAUUGCUGCGAUUUGUAUCUGCAGUGUCCUUAUCAUCCUUCUCGCAAUCGGUACCAUCUAUGACGUCAUGAUCCACCAACCCCGACUGUUGGCUGUUAAAAAACAUAAGGAGAAUGAAGUGCGAGAACCUGACAUCACCGUUACUGUACCUGACGAAAAGACGCCGCUGGUGAAUAGAGUUCCACGCGAGGAAACUUCAGCGCCUAAAGAAGGUAUAACUGGCCGUGUCCUCCUGUGCUUCUCCCUCUACACCAACAUCGGGAAGCUCCUCAGCACCAAACAGGCGCCCGGCAGCAUCAAGUGUCUGCACGGCAUCCGCUUCAUCAGUAUGACCUGGGUCAUUCUGGGGCACACAUACAUUUUUGGUAUUCAGCAAUUCGAAAACUUGCUGGAGGCCUUUGAGACCGUGCAAACAUUUACAUUUCAAGCCAUCAUGAAUGCCACCGUUUCUGUGGACACCUUCUUCUUCCUCAGCGGACUCCUGAUGUCAUAUCUUCUGCUAAAGCAGAUUGGGAAGAGAAAAGAAAACGGGAAGUCUGUUCCGUACGGGAUGUUGUAUUUCCACAGAUAUUGGAGGUUAACACCUACGUACAUGUUCGUCUUGAUGCUGUACAUGUGGGUGCUUCCCUACAUGUUCUCUGGACCCUUCUGGCCGCCAGCUCCUCUAGAUCCAUACUGUGGGGAAAACUGGUGGACAAACCUGCUGUACGUCAACAACGUGGUCAACGAUGAUAGGAUGUGUAUGGGCUGGACCUGGUACCUGGCCAAUGAUAUGCAAUUCUUCGUCAUUGGAGUUCCUCUCGUCUACAUACUGUACAGAUGGCAGAUCCUGGGGAUUGUUGUGAAGCUGGUUCUCCUGUUGGCAAGCUUUAUCACCACUGCAGUGAUUAGUUGGCACUUUGACCUGAAAGCAUCUCUCACGGACAUGGUCCAUUACUAUGAUAAACCGUACUGUCGUAUCGGACCGUACCUGGUAGGAGUUGCUGUUGGCUGGCUGUUGGUUAAGAUAAAAAAGAAACAGACAAAGAGCAGGACCUUGAGUGUGCUGAUGCUUGUCGGCUGGCUCAUUGCUGCCACCGCUGCCAUGGCUGUGUUGUAUUCAGUAUACGGCCAGUACCACGGCACUACUCUCCAGACGCAAGGCGAGAACGUCCUGUACCUGACUGUCCACCGUACCGUCUGGGCCAUGGCGAUUGGUUGGGUGGUUAUCGCAUGUUAUUAUGGAUACGGAGGGGUGGUGGACAUCAUCCUCUCCUGGGACGCCUGGGUGCCCCUGAGCCGACUGACCUACUGUGCCUACCUGAUACAUAUCCUAGUGAUGUAUGCGGUAUACUUCACCAGGGAAGUGCCCAUCCACUACUCAACAUUCACUAUGAUCUAUUUCUUCUUGGGGCACGUGACUCUAUCCUAUGGUUUGGCCUUCCUGGUGUCUGUGGCAGUGGAAGCACCAUUGAUGGGACUGGAGAAAAUCCUCUUCAAUAAAUAAGAUGGAAAUUAGACAUUUUUUAAUAUGCUACUUUAAACUGAAAGGGAUUCAUCAUCUGCAAUGGAGAAGUGCUGGUACUUUGACUCAAGCUUCCUGCAGAAUCUCUUGAUAUUAAAGGAUGUUGUCUUUGACAAAUGAAACACUAUAAUAGUACUGUGAAUCAACAUUUGCCAACAUGAUCAUUUACAUACAGCUUAAUCAAAUAUAAAUAAAGAUAUGACAACCAA